CUAAACUCUACAAAAGGUGUUGAGUGAAAACUACAUAGAGAGCCUCUCCAGAGUUUCCAAGAUGCCUGACGCUAGCGUGGCGGAUAUGCUGGACCCUGCCAUGAUUGUGCCCGUGCUCGUAGCUUUGCUGGUUGUGGUGCUCACCGCCGUGCUCCUGAAGUUCGCCUUCGGCGGCAGAAGCAGCAGAAAUGCCGUCCUGUUGGUGGGGCUGUGCGAUAGCGGAAAGACAACGCUCUUUGGGCAGCUAACAGAGGGAAAAGCAGUGAAGACUCACACCUCCAUCAAGAAGAACCAGGGGACAUAUAACCUGCAGGAGGGCAAGAAAGGCAGUCUACAGCUUGUAGACCUGCCAGGACAUGAGCGUCUCCGUCUCCUAAACCUAGACGAGCACAAGGCGGCCGCCAAGGCCAUUGUCUACCUGCUGGACUCUUCCACAUUUCAGCGCGACCUUCGGGACAUCGCCGAGUUCCUGUACAUCCUGCUAGUGGACGCAGCGCUGGCAAAAACCCCGUUCCUGAUCGUGUGUAACAAGCAGGACAUGGCGCUGGCCAAGUCGGAGAAGGUUGUGAAGGGGAUGCUUGAGAAGGAAAUCAACAUGCUGCGAGUCACUCGCCAGGCAGCUCUUGAAGGUACAGAUGGCAGUAGUGGCAACAACAACACCUUCCUGGGGAGGAAGGACAAAGACUUUGAGUUUACGCAGCUGCAGCAGCAGGUGGUGUUUGUGGAAUGCAGCUGUUUGGAGGGAAAACUGAAUGUCACAGGAGUGGAAGACUGGAUCAACAACGUUGCAUAGACAUUACAAGUCACAUUAGAAAUGCUUUAUAGAUUAGCUACAGGUCAUAAAUAUACAUGUAGAGUACUAAACGGUGUAUUCCGUAUCGCCCGAGGUACCAGCCAGACCGUGGGUCGGAUCGCAGGAGGGCUGGGACCAAGGGUGAUGUGUAAUACACCGUGUUGUAUUUUAUUUAUGUCAUACCCACCCGAGAAUGCGAAAUGUGUAUCUAAA